CAAGAGAGCACAACCAUUUGAUUUGCUGUGAAACAUCCUCCUAAUUUACAAAUCUAAAAUUAUCUCGCCGCAAUUAGUAAUUUUGAAUGGCUUCCGAGAGUGCUCUCUCCUCUGACCCCCUUCCCUUAGUGGAAGAAGAUGAUUCUCUGGCGAGAAGCCCUAAGAGAAUUAAGGACGAUCUUUGUCCACCCUCCUUUUCGAAUGUUGAUCCCCCUAACUCGAUGGUUGCCCCUUCUGUGCAGAAAACCUUUAAGGAUAUGUUGAUUGAUGGAAACGCUGAGUUUUCUCCAUCUACUAUUACGCUUGAAGAACUUAUGGCUGCAGGGAAACGAAUCAAUUAUCAUCUUCUGUCUUCAAGACUCUCACGGGAAUGGCAGACAGAAGGCGAGUUUACAGUAAUUGAUAUUGGCCAAGGCUAUUCUAUUGCUAAGUUCUCCUCUUCAAAUGAUUGCUCUAGGGCCCUCACUGGAGCUGCGGUUCUCUAUCUUGGUAACAAACUUGGCAAAGCCAUUAAGUUUGAUAGAACAACCCUUCUUGCUACUAGAGGUGAAUUUGCACGUGUGCGUGUGGAGGUUGAUUUGAAUGAAUCUUUGCCAUCAAUGAUUGAUUUGGAUUUGGAGGGUCUUCCCCAGUCGUUAAUUCCUGUCAAAUAUGAAGGGCUUCAUAAAAUAUGUUUUGAGUGUGAAGAGUUCGGGCACAAGAAAGAAGCUUGCCAUUACAGGCAACCACAACCACAACCACAACCGCAACCAGCGAUAGCAUCAGCAUCUUCCCAGCAGAGUGGGAAGAGUUCUUCUAUAGCAAUAUCUUUGGCGAAAUCCUCGACUGAGCAUGAGGAUAUCCCAGUUUUGGUUGAUAAUUGUAUGACGUACGAAUCUUGGAUGGUGGCAAAGCGUAAACCACAGAAGGUAGCUAAGAAGCAAAAUUCACAUGGGGAUAACAUUUCUAUCCCCUCUAAGGGGCAGGGUAUCGAAAAAGGAGGUAGCAUAGCCAAAUAUAGUGGGCCACCUAGGCCAGUUAAUCAAGAGCAAAAUAUUAACACCAAUAAUGGAUUUGGAGUUAUUGCAUUGGAAGAGGAAACUCUGGUGGAGAUGCCUCAUUUGGGGGCUCCGGAUUCUGGAAGUUUUCCUACUCAGCAUACAGGUGCGUUGGAACAAUCUAAUAUGGAGACAGCUCCCAGCUCGUUAGAAGAAGCCUAUCCUGUUGUAGUUAAGCCUAGUGUUAACAGACAUAAGAAUUCCAAAUCCCACAAGAAGUCAACCCGAAAGAAUGAUAAGACUAAAACAAUGUUGGGCUCGAUUGCAAAGCCUUCUAAGUCGUCUGGGUCUAAGACUUUGGAUACGGGGGUGCUAAAGAAAUCUAUUAAUGAAACUCCUAAUCAGCUCGCACGUGUGGCCUCAGUUUUAGUUAGUCUCCAUCCCAAGUCUUUCCACCAUCUUUCGUUGUUUCCCAAAUGGAGAAUGCUACUAACUCUACGAAUCUGCCUGGCUAUUAACGCUACAGGUGAGGCUUGUCUCUUGUGGGGUAGAUCUGUGUUUGGGAACAUUUAUAGGAAGAAGAGAUUAUUGAAAGCAAGAAUUACAGGAAUUCAAAACUCUCCACACUACUCUACUUCUUCUUGGUUACAGCGGUUGGAGAGGCAUUGGGAUAUAGUUGUUGGAACCUUUUUGGAAUUUGUGAAUCAAGCACUUUUGACUGGGGUUUUUGAGCCCUCCUUAACUAAAGCCUAUGUUGCUUUGAUUCCUAAAGAAGAUUCACCAGAUUCUAUCCAAAAGUUUAGGCCAAUUAGCCUUUUAAAUGUGGCGUAUAAGGUUUUAUUCAAAAUUAUUGUGAACAGACUUCAACCAUAUCUUCAAGAACUUGUUGGUUCAUGGCAAAGCAGUUUCUUGGCAGCACAACUGGAUAUCAUUAUGGAUUGCUUAAACCAGUUUGCCAAGAGUUCAGUUAGUUGGGAAGUUCUUUGUUCAAAGAAAAAGCAAGGUGGACUUAGGUUGAGAUCUGCAUGGGAAAAUAAUCAAGCUUUUGUUGCAAAGCUUGGCUGGCGUGUACUUAAGGGAGAUAAGGCCUUGUGGUGUAAAGCUAUCCAAACUAAGUAUCUUUGGGGACUUAGUCUAUUGAAUGCUAAGGCUAAACCACGAUGUUCUUUCAUGUGGCGUGGGAUCUUACAAUGCUGUCCACUUUUGCAACAAGGAGUCUGUUGGAGGGUUGGAACUGGUGAGGGGGUUAACUUUUGGCAUGAUAACUCGGUUGGUAAUGCUUCGCUUAUUAAUGUGUCUGACAAAGGACCUGUUGAUUCCUCUUUGUUGGUAGCAAAUGGCAUCAAUUCGAAUGGGAUUUAGAUUUUUUGCAUACCUUGGUUUCAAUGGAAAUAAUUGAGGUUAUCAGGGCAAUACCUUUAUCUAGGAACCUACAGUUGACAGAUAGUAUCUUUUGGGCAGGCUCAAUGGAUGGCUCUUUUACUGUCAAGUUUGCAUAUCAACUUAUACAAGAGCAAAAGGAUCUGGGUAAUUCUUCUUUGGACUCAUGGACUUGGGCAUGGAAGCUAUGUUGUGUAGAGCGGAUUCGGAUGUUUGUAUGGCUUUUGGUGAGAGGGAGGGUUCUCACUAACUCUCUACGUUUUGACCAUCAUAUGUCUGCUUCUUUUGUCUGCCCGAGGUGCAAUGUUUCGGAGGAAACGCCCAUUCACUUGUUACGUGAUUGUUAUUAUGCUAAGAUUGUCUGGGGACUUUUGGGGUUUGCUACAUCUGAGUUCUUUGCUCUAGAGUUGGUUCCAUGGAUUAAGAAGUUUUCUAAUCCAUCACGGCAGAAUAGGCAUGUUGGAGUGUCACAGAUGAUGUUGUUUUUGUCUGCCAUUUGGAGUCUCUGGAAAGACAUAAAUGCUCUCAUUUUUA